AUGGAUGUCUCAAUGUUGCAAUCACCGCAGAAGCGCUCGAGAAGCAUACAAAAGUUGGCUGUUUGGAAAGGAGAUGUCAAAGAACACAAAGAGAUAUUUGACAUGCUUAAUCAACAAAAAAAGAAGCGAAAAGUAGAAGUCGUUCCCUACGAACACCUGGACGAGCUGGACUCUGAUUGGAGCGAAUACACUUUCUUCUGUGGGGAUUUCACUUCCGAUCUGUUUCACACACUAACAAAAACUCAAGAUUCGGGUGCCAGUGCACAUCUUAUUGUGGGACCCGCUGUUUUAAAACAUAAAUUACAGACCACACAGGAUUUUAUGUUAUUGCGUCCGUGUCGACCUCUCUAUUGUGAAUUGAUGAAAAACGUGACGAUGAAGUUGUCAACGGAAGUAUUGAACAAAAGAGAGCUUGUAGAAAUGGUUCAUUUUAUGGGUGGGAGCGUCCGAAAAGAUACUGUGCAACGAACAAAUGUUUUUAUCGCGGCAAAAGUUGAGGGAAAAGUUCAGUCGAUGACACUGGUUGGAGUCCCGACAUUGCGAGCUGAUUGGAUCACAGAGUGCUGGAAGAAACGAGACGAUCCCUAUUUCGAUGUUUUUGAACAAGAUUUUAUUGAUAAGCAUCGCCUCGGUGUUUUCGAAGGUCUCAGCCUAUACUUCCAUGGUUUCAAAAAGAAUGAGAUCGACGAUAUGAUGAUGAAUUUGAACAAUACAAAGGGAGCACUUGCUGAUGAUCCGUCAAAAGCUACUCACGUAGUUUAUAAUCCAAUAAAUGACGACAUCGAACCACUACCGGUUUCAUCAAAUCAAGUACACGUUACUCAGGAGUGGUUCUGGGUAAGCUUGCAUCGAGGUUGCUGUGCGUUCGAAGACAAUUUUGCACUUCCAACUGGAACUCUUCGCCGGAAACCACUUGAUAACAGUAACAUCAACAGUCCAAUCGGAAAAUCUCUCCGUUCACACAAUUCGAGAUCUUUGUCAUCGAUGCGAGACUGCAGUGGAGAGGGACCGUCUUUGAACAUGACGCCUGACUACAUAUACUCAAACGAUGAUGUUGAAAACAUGUGCAAGUCACCACGUCAGCCCUCGAAAAGACUACGAGUAUGCAUGGAAAUGGUGGAGACAGAGAAAAACUAUGUGGUUCUGUUGAAGCUUGUUGUCAAGUUCAAACAAGCACUAGAAACGGAGAUUUCGCAGAAUGAGUUCAUGACAAAAUCAGACGUUGCGAUGAUCUUUGGAAAGUUGGACCCCAUUCUCGAGCUUCACGAGAAAAUUUACGCGAGGCUGACUACUGUUUUGAACGAGGCAAACAAUCUUCUCUCUGUUGUAAAUGGCAAAAAGAACGAUGACAAAAGCCUCGACUUUGCUCAAGUUUGGAUUGAUGCGAAAGAAGAGAUGAAAAAAGCAUAUCCACAAUAUCUGAACUCGUUUGAUACCAUCAAACGAUUGUUCGAUAAACAGGACAAAGAGAACUCGAAGUUUCACACUUUUUGUAAAGCGAAAGAAAGUAAUCCGGAGUUCCAUAGAUUGAAGCUGACUGAUUUAAUGGUCAAACCGAUACAACGUCUUCCGAGUGUCGUUCUUCUUCUCAAGGAGAUAGCUAAGAAAUCUGACUCGAAGCUGAAGCAUACAGCUGAAGAGGCAGCGAAGGCCAUCGAUGAGGUCUUAAAGAUCGCAAACAAAACUCGUGAAAAGAACGACAACCUCAUCUCACACUUGAGUAAAUUCACAGACAUCGAGAAUGUUCCGCCGAUCCUAGUUGCCGCCAACAGAAUGUUCAUUCGUGAGCUCGUCGUGUCUCCAAUAGCCAGCACAUCAUCGCGACUGAGCCAAUUUUCUAAAAUGAAGCUCUUUCUGUUUCAUGAUGUGCUAGUUAUUACCAAAGUUCGAAGUGAGAAGAAUACAAUGCAGAGGCUCGCCAGACAUGCAUCAUUUGCCAGUCUUCAUGCCAGACAAAGACGACCAUAUAAAUACAUCGAUCAAAUCCAACUGAUAACAAUGCGCAGUGCAUUUCGAAUUCGAGCACCAGAAGAUGUCUCUAAAUUCCUAGAAGCACAAAGUCAUGUUCAUGGUACAAAACCAAGAGACGUAUUUGUGUGGUGUUUAAUUCAUCGUGAUGAGCAGGGAGGUGAUACCGAAACUGUUUUCGAAUCGCCUGACAGUGAAGAAGUCCGAGAUUUCCUCGACGAAAUUCAUGUGAAAAUUAUGAGCAAUUGCGGAAGAUACUUCUUCCUGCCUGACCCUGUCGAAGUCAAUGAGCUCAACGAUGCCCAGGUGGUUGACCUAACAAAUCGAUAUUUUAGAAAUCUUUGUGGAUCGAAACCUCAGAACGGACACGGCAGUCAAAUGAACAUUACGGAAUGGUCGCACAACGAUACGAUUAUGGGACCACCACAAUCACAGAGCCGAAUGCGAAGAGCGUUCAGUAACGCUCAGCUAACUAUAACCAGCACUCUUGGUUUUGGCAGAAAUCCGAGCCGGAAUAAUUUAGCACGAAUCAGCGAAAAUUCAUCUUUCAUGGCUUCACCUAGAGUUUCUUGUGAUCCAGCUGCUUUGGCCAACAUGACAUCUGUCGGAAUGCCUGGAUGCAACAGUGAAUCCGAGUCAACUCCAAAACGUGGACUCCGCGCUCGACUCACUUCGGCUACAUUCAAUCGAACUGGAGCUCUUGGGAGAAACACAUCCAUGCGAAGACAGACACACGGCUUCUCUCAUUCGGAAAAGGAACCGUCUCGCUCAAGAACUUCAUCCCAUCUCGACCUGUAG